CUUCAGGCCAUUUACUCAGCGCUUGCCGCCACCCUGAGUCCGAACCAGAAGGAGAGGGAGGCUGCGGAAGCGUUGUUGAAGAACUUUGAGGGGACCCCGGGGUACAUCUCAUCCUUGUUUCGAGUGGUGAACAGCAACGAGGUCUCCAUCGAGAUCAAGCAGGCGGGGAUCAUCUACUUCAAGAACCUGGUACGUCCCAGGGCUGCAAAGGAGGGAGGGGGGAGCGGGUACGAUGAAAGGAACUUCAUCCGUCAGAAUAUUCUAGAAGCGAUCGUGAUGGCAGAUCAUCGGUGCAGAGGUGUCAUCACCGAGAGCUUGAGGAGAAUCGCGUCCAACGACUUUCCCGAGAAGAUGCCAAACUUCUUGGACGAGGUCACCGCAAGACUUGACCCCGCCAUCCCUCCCGAGCACAUCCUGGGCGCCCUCUAUGCCCUCAGGGUGCUGACGAAGAACUACGAAUAUAAGGCACACGACAAGCGCGAGCAGCCGCUGAACGAGAUCAUGUCCAAGGCCUUUCCCCGGCUGCCAGCGCUCAUGGAGGCGACGCUGUCGUCACAUGCUGGGGAUGAGAAGACGGCGGAGAUGCAGAAGGUGAUCAUCAAGUCCCUGUGGUCGUGCGUCCACCAGUCUGUGCCCCUCUACCUCCAAGACUACGGUCGGUUCGUCGAGUGGAUGUCGCUGCUGUACCGGGUGAUCGAGGCCCCGGUCCCCCCGCAGGCUCAGGGAGGACCCAACGCUGACAAGGAUGAGCUGAACAAGCUCGUGUUCUGGAAGUGCAAGAGAUGGUCAGCCAAGAUCCUCCAUCGGCUCUUCGAGAAGUACGGCAGCCCCAAGGUAGCUGAGAAGCAGUUCGGGGCGAACAGAGCUGGGGAAGUCCAGCUGUCGCAGGCGUUCCACAACGAGCUUGCAAACCGCUUCCUGCAGCUCUUCAUGCAGCUGCUGGCGAAGAAGGCGGACGGCGUCUUCCUCCCCGAGUCGCUGGUGGUCGAGGGCCUUCACUUCAUCGACAUCGCCAUUACGCUGGCCAUCACCUGGAAGCUCCUCAAGCCCAACUGCAUGGCGCUGAUCUCGCACGUGCUGUUCCCCAUGAUUUGCUUCGACGAGGAGGACGAGGAGCUCUGGACGAGCGACCCUCAGGAGUUCAUCCGCAAGACGUAUGACUUCCUGGAGGACUACUCCAGCCAGCGCUCCGUCGCUUGUUCGCUCGUCGUGAACCUCUGCAAGAAGAGGACCAAGACGACGCUCAUCCCCACCAUCGAGUUCUGCAUCAGCCACAUGAAGAGCUACGCUGAGGGUGGAGGGAACGCGCGGCUCAAGGACGGGGCCCUGUACUGCAUCGGAUCGCUGGCCGGGGCCUUGCAGGAGCAGAAGAUGGCGGCGCAGUAUGAGGGGCACGUGAGGGACAUGCUGGUCAAGUACGCGAUCCCCGAGCUGAAGUCCAGCAAGGGGCACCUGAGGAGCCGAGCUGCCUGGACGCUCUCGCAGUACGUGGACACGAUCCUCAAGGACCCGAGCUGCUUCCAAAGUGUGCUGGGGGAGAUCAUCAACAUGCUACAGGACGCUGAGCUUCCGGUCCGCUUCCAGGCAGCCAUCGCGCUGAGGCUCUUCAUCUACGACAUGGACGAGGGGGCAGCGAGGACGGGAGUCCUGCCGCUGCUCUCAGGGUUCCUGCCGCAGCUGCUGGACAAGCUGUUCGGCCUCAUCGACGAGGUGGGGAGCGACGAGCUGAUAGCAAGCCUCGAGAUCCUCAUCGAGUGCUUCGAGGACGAGAUGGCCCCCUACGCGCAACAGCUCUGCCAGAGGCUCUCGGAGCACUUCCUCCGCCUUACGUCGUCGGAGGGGGAGGGGGAGGACGACGCGGCGAUCGCUGCGUCCCAGUGCUGCUCGGCGAUCAAGACCCUGCUCGACUCCAUCAAGAAAACUCCCGAGCUGUACCACUCGCUCGAGCCCAACCUGGUGCCCCUGCUUGCCAAGGUGCUGUCGCCCGACUCGACGGGGGACUACGUGUACAUGGAGUUCAUGGAAGAGUUCCUUGAGAUCCUGACUUACCUGACCUACUACAGCCCCACCAUCUCCGAGGGCGUCUGGUCCCUCUUCCCCCUCCUCACCAAGUCCUUCUUCGACUGGGCCUUCGACUACCUCUCCAACAUCAACCUCCCCCUCGACAACUACAUCUCCAGGAGCACCACCGUCUUUCUCUCCAACCCGGAGCACCCGCUGACGGUCUACCGCAUGAUCGACAAGGUUAUGCAGCACGAGGACUCGUCGGAGCGUGACCUCGUCGAGGCCUGCAAGCUUUCUGAGAGCCUCAUCCUCAACUGCAAGGGAGCCAUCGACUCCUACAUCCCUCCUCUGCUCCAGCUCAGCUGCCAGAGGUCCACUCUCCUCCCCUCCUCGUAUUGCCGCACCGAAUUGUUCAAGAUGAUAGCCAAUUGUCUCUUCUACAAUGCAGAAGGAACUUUAACGGCGUUGGAGCAGCAGGGGACCAUUGUGAACGUGUUCCAUGCAUGGAGGCAGGAGGCAGGAGGCAGGAGGCAGGAGGCAGGGGAUCGCAGGAGUCACUUCAAGGGGCUUCAUGAUCAGAAAGUCUGCAUCCUCGGCUUGACGUCAAUCCUCAAGGUCCCCGUGCCCAAUAUGCCUCCCUCCGUGUCGGGCGGCCUCUCGCACAUCCUCCGGGCGAUCUUAGAGCUG